UCAAAUCAUACAUUAGAUUUAAAUAAAAUUACAACAAUAUAAGUCUGAUUUCCAACAUGAGUGAAGAGUUUCGAAUUCAUCAUAAUGUCAACCAACUCUUACAAUUGUUAAAAGUCGACAAAGGGAAGGCUGAAGAACACACUGAAACUCUUCUGAAAAGUCGAACACCUUUUGUCACAACACAAGUGAACACUCAUAGUUCUGCUGUCAAAAUUUGUGAGAAAGCUUCCAAACCCAAGGAAUUCUUGCAAAAGUAUGAAGAACUGAAGUCCAAAAAUGUUCGCAACUUGGAUUCUAUGAUACAUUUUCUAUCAAACCUGAAUAACAAACCAAGUUUGCAUGCCACCUUGACAAAAAAUGCAGAGGAGAGAGGAGAAGCUGCUAAAAUGAUUCCUAUUUCUCCAUCUUCAAUCCUUGGUACAUCAAAUAUUACUCUUCCACCAUCUGGAUCAAAAUUAACCCCAAAAGAAAUAUCUGAGUUGCGAAGUACUCUAGAAAAAGCCACGGGACCAUCAUCUGCAUUGGGUUUGAUUCCUUCAGCAGAGUCAUUCAGGAAAACACUGCGUGAACAGCACAACGCCAGAAGACCUCGUCAACAUCCUAUUCCAUCAUCAUCAUACUGGCUUGCUGGUGAUAAUAGCAGAAAAUAUUUAACUGCUGAUUUUGUAUAUGACUCAAGCACUCAACAUCCAAGUGUCCCUGUGAAUGAUUUCUCAGUUCAGAUGCAAGAGCAAGAAAUAGUAAAAGAUGUUAUUGCCAUUCUCAGUGGAUUUGAAGCAAUUUACAUUCUUGUUCGACCUCCUGAAGAUAAAUAUGGAUCAAGGAGAUUCAUUUUGGACCCUUCUAUGGAUGUAUCUUUGUCCGAGAUGGUGAAAUUAUUGUUGCCAAUUGCUUCAUCUCAUUCGAUUGUCACCAAAUUCAUUGAAGAAAAGUCAAGGUUCGAGUAUGGGCAAGUCAAUCAUGCUUUGACUGCUGCUAUGAAAGCAAUAAUAAGGGAACAUAGGUCGAGUUUAGCACAGCUUGAUGAUUUAUGUAGAAAUGAAAAUCUCACAUUGCAACGUCUUCUGUUUCUUCUCCAACCAACUCUUGCUCAAAUGUCAAAACUUGCUGAAAUUGCAACCGCAAUUGAUAAAGGACAUUGUAUCGGUGGAUCUGUGCUUUCUCUCUUGCAUAAUAAAACUUUAUCAAGUAUUGGAAACAAAGUUGCUGAACAAUUAUGUUCUUAUUUAACACAAGUUGCUAGUGUUCCAUACCUCGAAAUGUUGGAGAAAUGGAUUUAUAGGGGGCAAAUCAAUGAUCCAUAUGGUGAAUUCAUGGUAGAAGAAAACAAGAAGAUAAGUAAAGAAAAAUUACAGGAAGAAUAUAAUGACCAAUACUGGGAAAUGAGAUACACUUUAUGCAGAGAUAGGAUACCAGUUUUUCUGCUUCAGAGUGCAGAAAAGAUUCUAAGUACAGGAAAGUAUCUGAAUGUGGUUCGGGAAUGUGGAAAACAAGUACAUUGUCCAGGUGCAAGAGAGAUUGUUUAUAAUAUGAAUAAGAAAGAAUAUGUUCAACAGAUUGAAGAAGCUCACAAUUACGCAAGUCAGUUACUGCUUGAUCUUCUAAUGCAAGAACAUAAUUUGAAAUGGAGACUGAAGUCUGUGAAGCGAUAUUUCUUAUUAAACGAGGGUGAUUUUCUUCUGCAUUUCAUGGAUCUUACAGAAGAUGAAAUGAAGAUGCCAAUGGGAGACAUAAUGCCAACAAGAUUAGAAGCACUCCUCGAACUUGCAUUAAGAAUGAGCACGGCCAAUCAAGAUCAAUAUAAAGAUGACCUGAGAAUUGUUCUUUUGAAUUAUGAUCUGAUCACCCAGUUGGUUCGGAUCUUAUCUAUUGACACUAAUGAAGAAAGCACUAUUAAAGCUUUGGGGCCAACAGAACUUAAUUUGAGUGGAUUAGAAUCAUUUGCAUUUGAUUAUACCGUUAGAUGGCCGUGGUCCUUGGUUAUAUCUAAGAAAUCACUUACAAAAUAUCAGAUGUUGUUCCGUCAUCUUUUUUAUAUCAAACAUGUUGAACGUCAAUUGAGUUCAGUAUGGAUGGCUUAUAAAAAUACAAAACGCGAGAAUGUAUAUUCCAAGCCAUGGUUCAUGGAAGCUUGCAUGAUCAGACAACGAAUGUAUCACUUCAUUUAUAGUUUUCAAUAUUAUAUGAUGUUUGAAGUACUUGAACCUAACUGGUAUACUCUCGAAAGCAAUCUUGAAACAGCACAUAAUGUGGAUGAAGUUCUAGAUUUUCACAAUGAUUUUCUUCAGCAAUGUUUGAAAGAUUGUCUUCUAACAAAUACACAACUGCUCAAAAUACUGAGUAAAUUACUGAUGCUUUGUGUUAGCUUUUGCAAUUUUAUGCAGAGCCUCAACAGACAACUCGAUAGCAAGAUGUUGAAGGAAUCACUUGAGCAUUCGACAUUAUCUGGACCGCCAACUAAAAGUGAAGUCAAGUUUCAACAACAACAAGUAGCAACGACUAGCAAGGAAGUAAGUAGUCAUUUGGAUGAAUUAAUUUCCAAUGAAGAAUAUCAAGGAAUUGUUAGAACUUUUGAAAAGAAUUUCACAGAAAAAUUUCUUGAACUCUUGGACAGAGUCAGUUUCAUCAGCCGUGAGCAGGGCCAACAUGUUAUGUACAACAUCAUUUACAGGUUGGAUUUCAAUGGAUAUUACAUGAACAAACUGCAACAAUCGUCUGUGACAAACUCAUCAACUGGAAACAACUGAUCACUCUUGUUACACUUACGAAAAAAUUGUUGAAUUUUUGCAAGUUGCCUAAAAUUUAGAUCAAUGUGCCACUGUCUGAAAAUUGCCUCAUGUGUCUGUUGAAUAUAUUUUUCUAUUGUGACAUUACUCAAUAAAAUUGGUAAUCAUAUUUGUUAUUCAGUAUGUCGAAUCUAGGUUGCAAACUAUGUAUGUAUAUUAUGGAUAUUAGUUGAUACGUAAUCAGGUUGUUCAAAAAAGUUCAAAAAGAUAGAAAUAUAACUAACAAUCGACGAAACUUAUAAUAACGUUGUCUAAUCUUACAGUAGUAAGUACAUAGUACACAGUUAUCUUUUUUAAGCAAUUGGCUUUUAAUAAACCACACCUAAGCUA